AUGCAUGUCAGGAGACCCUCUAAACGCUCCAUCGAGCCCUUCUUCGGUUUCAUACAACUCUUCCUCUAUGCUGAGCCAACAUGGGUCGACAAACUAUGCAUCUGCUUGGGUGUCAUUGCAGCUGUGGCCGCAGGUGUUUCAUUUCCAUUGAUUGGAAUUGUCAUGGGUCAGCUCGUUGAUGAUCUCAAUGAUGCGACAUGCGACAGUCAAGCCGCCUCAGCAUCUGGCACCAUGGACAGCAUCAAUGACAAUAUCCUCCUGCUUGUAUAUAUCGCCGUGACUUUAUUCUUUCUAAUAUAUACACACAUAGUUUGCUGGAACCUUGUAUCCCAAAGGUUGGCUCAGCGUAUCCGCGACCGUUACCUUCGCAGUCUCUUACGCCAGGAUAUCUCGUUCUUCGACAAUCUCCAAGCUGGAGAGGUCUCCUCGCGUCUCAAUGGCGACAUUCAAGCUAUCGAAUCCGGAACCUGCGAGAAAGUCGGCGUCUUCCUCACAUGCGUUUCUUUCUGUGUCACCGCAUACAUCAUCGCCUUUAUCAAGGAUUACGAGCUCGCCGCCAUGUUACUAUCCCUUGUCCCCGCCUAUCUGUUAAUGGCUAUCGUAGGAGGACAUUAUGUCCAGAAGUACACAACCACCGUAUCGGGCCACUUCUCAUCGGCUAGCGCCAUUGCCUCUGAAGGAUUGAACCAUAUCGGUCUUGUGCACGCUCUUGGAGCUAAUACUAAGCUUGAGGGAAAGUUCAAGAGUUAUCUCCGCAGUGCAAGAGACCAAGGUAUCCGUAAAGCGGUUGCCGCUGCUAUUCAGGGCGGGACUUUGUACUUCGUUGCUUACGCUGCAAAUGCUCUCGCGUACUGGCAAGGAAGCAGGAAGGUGGCGUCUUUUAUAGAGACCGGUACCGGAGGUAUGACGGUCGGAGAUACAUGCACUGUCAUUUUCAUUCUCGUGGAUGGUGCAAUUGUUUUGAGUCAAGUGGCUCCGCUGCUUCCCAUUUUUGGGGGCGCCGUGGCUGCAUUCAAUCGACUACGAAAAGAAAUCGACCAGGAGCCCUCCAUCGAUAGCACAUCUUCUGCUGGCGACAAGCCCUCAGAGGUCAACGGAGCAAUUGCCCUACAACAUGUUUCGUUCGCAUACCCUUCAAGGCCCAAACAUCCGGUCCUCAAAGACAUCUCACUUCAGUGUGAAGCUGGGAAGCUCACCGCGAUCGUUGGUCUUUCGGGAAGUGGAAAGUCAACCAUUGCUGGCCUUGUCACUCGCUUUUAUGACCCCGACAGCGGAUCAGUGAUGCUUGAUGGAACAGACAUCAAGUCUCUGAAUGUAAAAGGCUUGAGGGGUCUCAUCGGUUUGGUGCCCCAAGAACCCUCCCUUUUGCCUCGUUCAAUCCUGGAAAAUAUCGCGCUGGGUCUCGUGAAUUCCCCAGCUCACUCGCAAUUCGAACACAUCUUGUUAUCAGACACCCUAUCUCUCCUAGUCGAGCGGGUCAAAUCUGGCGAAGACCUGACAAAAUGCGCCGAGAAAGCGGGACCAGAAGUCUCUCAGAUUAUCCAGCUUGUGCAAAACGCUACGAGCCUUGCCGAUGCAGCCAACUUCAUCGAACAUCUUGAAUUAGGGCUGGCCACUUCAGUCGGAUCCGGCGGUGGCCUUAUCAGCGGUGGUCAAAAGCAACGCAUUGCGUUGGCUCGUGCUCUUGUGCGCGACCCUAAAAUCUUGAUCCUGGAUGAGGCAACUGCAGCGCUAGACUCUGCUAGCGAACUCAGGAUCCAAGCCGUUAUCAACAAGGCUUCCCAGGGUCGAACUGUCAUAUCCAUCGCCCACCGUCUGUCAACAAUUCGAGAUGCUUCCAAAAUCAUUGUCAUGAGACAAGGUGAAAUCAUUGAGGAAGGCACUCACGAUAACCUGAUAGCUCUCGGUGGAUCUUAUGCAGACAUGAUUCGUUUGCAAUCUGUCAAGCACAAUGAGGAUACUGGACCACAAUCUCACACUACCGAACCGGACGAUAAUAUUGCUGCCAUAUUAGAACAGCCUCAGGAAGUCUCUAGGAAUGACGCAUCCGGAGACAUCGCUAAGGCCAGCAAUGCUCCCGUUGAAAGUUCUGACUGCGACAUCAUGUCCCGCUCCAUCUUGUCAACCCUCUGGCCCCUCGUGCGACCCUACCUCCUACUGCUCAUGCUUGCUUUCUUCGCAGCAACCAUUGUCGGCGGUACUUACACUGCGUCUGGUUUGAUAUUCGGUAAUAUCAUGAGCUCCCUAUCGCCUUGCAACGAGCCGGAUUACAUUCGCUCUCGUGGAAUCUUGUUGUCUAGAAUGUACUUCAUGCUUGCCGUCGUUGAGUUUUUCGCCCAUUUUCUGAGCUGGGGCGUGUUUGGCCUACUUUCUGAAAGACUUAUGUACAAGGCCCGCGGGCUUUCUCUCCACACACUUCUUGAACAGCCUCUGCAAUGGCACCAAUCCAACAAUCGCAGUCCCUCUCAACUACUCGAAUACAUCACUAAAGACGGAAAUCUUCUCGCGGGAUUUAGCGGUUCCAUUGCUGGAACGGUGUUUGCCGUGGGCGUUAAUUUCCUCACAGCCCUUAUACUCUCGCAUAUCCUCAAUUGGAGAAUCGCCUUGGUGGCAUUAGUCACAGUUCCGCUUCUUCUUGGUUCUGGCUUUAUGCAAUUGCGGUCGAUUUCACGCUUCACGGAAAAACAUGCCGGAGCGUUCUCCGCGUCCAUAGCCAUCACCGUUGACGCCGUUGAAAACGUUCGUACUGUUGCCGCCUUGUCCAUCGAAGACGAGAUUGUUCAAACAUAUCAUCGUUCGCUGAAGGGUCCUCGGAAGGAGAUGAUUAUCCAAUGCUUCAAGUCGAACAUUUGGCUCGCAGUUGCAAAUUCGACUGGCAGCGCUAUCUAUGCUCUAGUAUAUUGGUGGGGCUCUAAACUUAUCUUUGAGGGCAGAGCAACCCAGACUGAAUUCUUCAUUAUCAAUGUGGCAAUGCUCGUCUCUGCGCAGCUUUGGGGUCAGUUAUUUACACUAGCACCCGAAAUUUCAAAAGCUAGAGGCGCCAUGGGCCGUAUCUGUGGACUUCUUGAACUUCCCGAGCAUACUCCCUCCGGCUCUUUAUCUGGGGGGUCGUCUAAUGCAUCGACUGGCUUAGGAGACGAGAAAAAGGAUACUGAAGCGUUGUCUGGCACCAUUGUAUCGCAACCGUCUCACGGCUGUUCUGCAGUUGAGUUUCGUGACAUCACAUUCUCAUAUCCAGUCCGACCCAACAUCCCGGUCUUGAAUGGAUUGUCACUUUCUAUACAACCAGGACAAUUUUGUGCUUUGGUAGGUCCUUCUGGAGCCGGAAAAAGUACAGUUUUUGCUCUCCUAGAGCGAUUCUACUCUCCGACGUCAGGAACGAUUACAAUUAAUGGCCUUGAUAUAUCACGCUACCACGGUACCUCAUUUCGGGACGAUAUAGCGUACGUACCACAAGCAAAUGCUCUCUUCCAGGGAAGCAUACGCUUCAACUUGUCGCUUGGUGCCCGGCCAGGCCACAAUCCUACUGAUGAGGAGCUAUACGAGGCGUGCAAGCUCGCGAACAUCCAUGAGACUGUUGUGGGCUUUCCGCAAGGUUAUGACACGGAAUGUGGUGCCAAUGGCUCGCAGUUUUCUGGAGGCCAGAGGCAGCGUCUCUCCAUUGCACGCGCUCUAGUGCGUAGACCUCGCCUCUUGCUCCUUGACGAGAGUACUAGUGCCCUUGACGCUGCAAGCGAGAAGGCGCUGGAGUCAGGCCUAGAACAAGCGGUCAAAACCCAAAGAGUAACAGUUAUCACCAUCGCACACAGGCUUCGCACUAUCGCAAAGGCUGAUGUAAUUUUCCUCAUCGAGGAAGGCAAGGUUGUAUACCAAGGAAAACAUGGAGAGCUUGUCCAACGGAGCGAGAGUUAUCGCGUGAAUGCUCUCGAUCAAAUGCUGUAG